AUGGCAGCAGUAGUCGCAGGGUCAGCAGCAGCACUCGCAGGAGCACCCGCCCACACCGCAGCCCGCCUCGCCAGCUCGAACGACCCCUCGUCGUCUUCAUCAGCAUCCGCACCCGAACAGGCCACACCUUCGGGCAGGACGGUCGAGCUGGAUUCGGUCGAGGAUGCGCUCGAGGCGUUCAGGAAGGGCGACUUCCUCGUCGUAGUCGACGACAUGGACCGCGAGAACGAGGGAGACUUGAUCAUCGCCGCAGACCGGAUCACUCAGCAGCAGAUGGCCUGGCUUAUCCGGCACUCGUCGGGUUACGUUUGCAUCUGCCUCCCUCAGCGACGACUUGCCGAACUCGACAUUCCGAUGAUGGUCGAGGACAACAAGGAGAAGCAUCGGACAGCCUACACCAUCACCUGCGACUACAAACACGGAACGACAACCGGCAUCUCUGCUCACGACCGCGCCUUGACUGCUCGCAAACUCGCCGACUCGUCGAGCAAGGCGGAGGACUUCACCCGGCCAGGACACCUCGUCCCGUUGCGGGCGGUCGAUGGCGGCGUUCUCGCGCGGAGAGGGCACACGGAGGCUUCAGUCGACCUCUGCCGCCUCGCCGGCCUGCCCGAAGCAGGCGUAAUCUGCGAACUCGUCAAGCCGGACGACCCGAACGGCGACAUGGCGCGACGAGACGACUGCUUUGCGUUCGCGCGGCAGUGGGGUCUCAAGAUGAUCAGCAUCGAGCAGCUGGAGCAGUACAGGCGCGACAAGGGCUUGUAA